ACGAGUAUUCUCCCGGUAAACAUGCUCCCGUGAAGCUUCUCCAAUGUGUCUUCGCGUUUUUCUCUCUUAUUUCAAGGAGGUUUUACAUGGAGAUGUCUGGACUUAUUUUACUGCAUGGACUGAUUCUCGUCUGUUUAACAAUUCACCCGCUUGUGUUCGCCGAGAAACCGGAUGAUGGUUGUGGUCAUUAUGUCCUGGGUCAAGAGAGUGGUGUCCUGUCCUCCAAGAACUACCCAGGAACAUACCCCAACAACUCCUGGUGUGAAUGGCGAAUCCGUGUACCCAUUGGCCACACGGUCAUCCUCAAGUUUGGAGACCUGAACAUGGAGAAAAAGGACUGUGAGACAGACUAUUUGAAGGUUCUGAUAGAAUCAUAUGGAUUGGAAAAUGUAUUCUGGAAGUACUGCGGUGGUCCAAUGCCCAAACCUACUGAGAUACACACAGAGUCCAGUGAACUGACUGUUCGCUUCCGUAGCAGCCAGCAUAUCUCUGGUAGAGGAUUCCUGCUGUCAUACUCCACCGAAAAUCACAAAGAGCUGCUGACAUGUCUAGACAGAGGCAGUCAUUUCCCAGCUUCAAAGUACAGGAAGUACUGUCCAGCCGGAUGUGCGGUGGUGACGGGAGAUGUGUCUGGGGACAUUUCUCUGGGAUACAGACAUACAUCAGUUCUGUGUAAAGCAGCAGUGCAUGCAGGAGUCAUCAUGGACCAGUUUGGUGGACCAAUCACAGUGGAGGAAAGAAGAGGGAUCAGUCAUUACCCGUCCAUCAGAGCCAACGGCAUCCUGUCUAAAGAUGGCUCCUUGUCUGAAACCCUCUUUACAUUUCUAACAAAUGACUGUAGUAAGCAGACUUUUCUUCAGCCAGUGGGCACCAGUACAAGCUCGUCGUGGCACAAUAUCAGCUCUAAUGAUUCUGAAGUUGACUGGUUUCCUAACAGCACCCAACCAGCCAUCUCUGAGUACCCCUGGGCUGCUGGGGUUAAUAACCGCCCACAAUGGCUUCAGAUCGACCUUGGAGAGAAGAAAAGGAUCACAGGUAUAAUGACCUCAGGCUUGACUACUGGGGGCUUUGAACAUUUUGUGAAAAGUUACAAGGUCGAGUAUAAAGAGAGGAAUCGCUGGCGGACAUUUGUCCAGUACAAUAGUUCUGAAGAUGUGGUUUUUGAAGGAAAUACAGACAGCUUUCACCAAACACGCAAUGCCUUCCAUCCCUCCAUUGUAGCACGAAGUCUUCGUGUCAUACCUCAACAGUGGCACCGAAUAAUUGCCAUAAGAGUUCAGCUAUUGGGCUGCCCUUAUGUAAAACCCAUGCCAGUGAAUUCAUCUUCUCAGGUGACGCAAGAGGCACUGCCUACACCGACCAUUCACAAUGAUAUGACGAAGCCAGUGGCCUCUCAGGCUGACCUAGUUAAUCUGUUGUUAAUAAUUGUGCCCGCUGUUUUGCUUGGGGUUUUGCUCCUCAUUGGAAUCUGUGUGGUUAAAAUGCUGUACAAUAAGAAGACAAAGGGGAACACGUACGGCUCUGCAGAUAAGAAUCACACAGGCUGUUGGAGACAGAUAAAGCAGCCCUUUGCCAGACACCAGUCCACAGAGUUCACCAUUAAAUACACCUCUGAGAAAGACCCCAUCCACAAGCUGGACCUGGUAACCAGUGCCAUGGCAGCCGAGUACCAGCAGCCACUUAUGCUCGGUACGGACACUGUGUCUAGAAAAGGCUCGACGUUUAGGCCAAUGGACACUGAUGCCAAAGACAAGGACAAUGAGGCUACCUCUCACUAUGACCAUCUGCAGACAGGGAUUCAGUACGCUUUGCCAUUGACCAAUCAGGAGCCAGAGUAUGCCACGCCCAUCAUCGAGCGCCAUGCCUUCUGCAAAGAUCCCUUCCUUCCAGAUCCCAGCUACAGCGUUCCAGGGGUGGUGCUAAACAAAAGCCUGUCUUUUCGAGUGGUGGAAGGCAGUAACUCUAGGAAAGUUGUGGGAGGACUAGCUGGGGGCUACCAGACGCCCCAGGUCAAAAGAGACAGAGGGAAUCACAAAGAGGACAUUUAUGACAGCCCUAAAAUCCGGAAACCUGUCAUGCAGAACGGGAGUUGUUCAGAGUACCAGAGACCCCAGACAAAAGCCCCAGUGCAGGAGUGCUAUUCGACUCCAAGAGAUUGCAUCAGAUUGCCACUCUCUGGACCCAGACCGGACCCAGAGGGCAGUAGAUCGGACCCAGAGGGAAGCAGCUCAGACAGAACCUGAACAGAACUAUACUGUGAUUUGUCUGAUUGACCUGAUUGAACAAAUUCACCUCCAGACUCCUCUGUUAACUUAUUUGUGUGUUUAGGGAGAUCACAUUGUUUUGUACCUUUUGCAGUAAAGGCAGUAGGGGAUGUUUUUAAAGGAAUGUUCCAGGUUCAAUACAAGUUAAGCACAAUUUUGACUACCACAAAAAAAUUAUUAAAAACUAUUUCCCUCGUUUAUAAAAAAAAUAAAAAUAAAAAAUGAAAUCUUGUAGUUACAAUAAGGCACUUACAGUGGAAGUGAAUGGGGCCAGUCCGUAAUCAUUACAAUACACACUGUUUCAAAAGGAUAGCCACAAGACAUAAAUAGUACACAUUUUAACAUGAUUUUAGUGUGACAAAAUCUGUGGUUUAUCAGAAUACAUUGUGUUGUCAUAACAGCAAAGUUGUAAUAUUGGAUGUAACUUCACACAGAUAAGGUUAGUAAGCUUAUACAAUGUUAACAUGUAUAAUGUUUACAUUUUAAGUAUAUACUUUUGAAACAGUUUUUAUGUUUAUGGAAUGGACCCACUCACUUCCAUUUUACAUUGACUUACUAUGACCAUAUUAUUUGUUUCUCCAUUUAAAAAUAAUGUAAUAAUAUGCCACAUAUGCAUUUACAUUUAUGCAUUUGGCAGACGCUUUUAUCCAAAGCGACUUACAGUGCACUUAUUACAGGGAGAAUCCCCCUGGAGCAACCUGGAGUUAAGUGCCUUGCUCAAGGGCCCAACAGUGGCAUCUUGGUGGUGCUGGGGCUUGAACCCCCGACCUUCUGGUCAGUAACCCUGAGCCUCAACCACUGAGCCACCACUGCCCCAUAUGCUGUCGAUGAACUUGUAUUGAACCUGGAACUUUCCUGUAAGCAUUACUUUCCCUGCACAAAAUAACAGAUGCUGUCAUUUUAUGUAUUUAACUGUUUUGUAUAUAUUGUACGAUGAAAUGUCUGAAAGAAUCUUUUUCUUAUGUUCAUUUUGAGGGUGUUUUUAUAGCAGAUCAAAUUUAAUUCCCUACUCUGAGACAAACUGUGAAUAUGAGCCAGAUUUUCCUGUAUUUUACAAUGAGACCAUCUCCAUGUUCUCAGAUUCUGCUCUGAAUGUCCAGAAGCAUCAAUAGAUUGAGACCCACAGGCAGACAUUGAGAAUGUCCCCCAGAAGCCUUUAUGAAGCAGAUAUCCCCUGGUGCAUUUCAUGAGAUGUUUGGACAUUCAUGGAUUGAGGAACUCAACAGUGCAGUUAUAUUUCUGUGCAUUUUCUAAAAGGUGUCAUAGGCUAUGUCCUCAGUAAUAUGUUUUCAUUUGAAAAAGCUGUAGUUUCAAGUUUACAUCACUUUUUUUUUUCUUCAUAAUUUUGGUUUGUCAUCCAUACAGGAACAGCAUUUUCCUCCAAUGAAAAUGUUUCCGAAAAUCCUGUCCAUUUUACUUUGGAAAAUGUUGAUAUUAGGAAACUGUAACCAAAGUUCAUACUUGAAAACAAACACAACUCGCCACACGCCCCACUGAGAGCAAGAAUCGCAUUAUAGUGACCAUGAGGAGGUUACCCCAUGUGACUAACCUCCCUAGCAACCAGGCCAGUUGGGUUGUUUAGGAGACCUGGCUGGAGUCACUCCUGGAUUAGAACUCCAGGGGUGGUAGUCAGCGUUAAUACUCGCUGAGCAACACAGUUAAAAACAAUGAACUUUACAGCUCUAAUAAUACAUGUGUUUCAACAGCAAAAUUAAUUUAAGUGCUUUAAUAAAAUUAGAAGCUUCACAUGUCUGCCUUUUAAACCCUCCAAAAACGGGCCCCAUUCACUUCCAUUGCAAGUACUGCAACCUUUUUUCCUCUUUUUUUUAUUUUUUUAUUUAUUUUUUUGUCGUCAUCAACAUUAUGCCACAAACGCUGUCAAAUGAGCUUAACUUGUAUUGAACCUGGAAUAUUCCAUUAAUUGCAUCUAUGUGCUGCCACAAUCUGUUUCAGCUGUAUCUCUGCACUAGUCAAAACAAACAGUAAAUUGGGUGAAAAUGUUUCUAACACUGCAAGCAAGCAUUGCUACAUGAAAAGACUAGGUCAAAGAAGCUGGCUACACUGCAAGAAGCCAUUGAGACCAUGAGUUCUUGCUCUCAAAAAAAAAGCAUUUAGCUGCUUGCAGUGUUGACAGAUUUGUUGAUUUUAAUGGAAGCUAUAUAGCUUUGUCCAGUAGCAACUCUGGUUUAGAUUAUGCUGUGUAGUCAUUGUCAUUGAUGUCAUGGUUUAGGACAUCCUUUUGUUCCUUGUUGAAGUGGACAAUUAAGUUACUACAAGCAAUAUCAGACUGAAAUGUAUUAUUUGGUCCUAUUUUGUUCAUUACUUUUUUAUUAUUAUGGAUAGGAUUUUACAGAUGUACAGUUUUGAAAUGUAUAUUUGGUUAAAAAGCAAGACUAAAGAAAUGUUACUUGUGCUGUCUAUUAUAUUUUAAAGCAUCCUAAAGAUCUGCGAGUUUGCUGCUGUAUUUAGGGGACAGUCCCUGUUAAAGAUUACUGACUGGUCUUAAUUUCUGUGAAAUGUUUUGGGGAUUUAAUUGGUGGACUGAUGGUUCAUAUUUGAUAUGCCAAGGCUGGUGUGUUGAAGUGCUGUGCAACUGAGAAUCUCAGUGCUGUGUUUAUGCUUGUCUUAACCCUGAUUAAAGCACCAGUAGUUG